AUGGCUUCCAUAUUGUUGCUAACAGACGACUGUUUAUUCAGAAUUGUUUCAUACAUUGAUAACCCAAAUUCUUUUUACAACAUCGCUCUAACCUGCAAGAGACUUUUACAAGUGACCAGAAACACGAGAAGCGUCCUGCACACAAAUCUUCUACGAGCAAAAGCUGAAUACUACAUCAAGUGUUUCACAGUCGAAAAUGGAGACGAUUAUGAGGCAUUUAGCAAGGUAGAAGAUUUCCUCCUCGAAGCCUCGCGAAUUACAGAGGCAAAAGGAAUGCUUUCCUAUGACAAAGUGGUAGACAUAUGGCAAAGAAACGGACCGGUGGUCGCUAAACUCUUCACGUGGCUGAGAAGUAAAGAAUCUAGCGUGGAAGAAGGCGAACCAAGAGCGACUUGUUUUACCGAAUCUCGGAAAGUUACGCUUUGUUUACCAAGCUCUGGAAAAACCAUGGUGAUCGAAACUUCGUAUUUCAGGGAUUAUAAUCAUGUUUAUGACCCAGAACUAAGCAUUCACCUUACUUGUGGAGACCUGGAUGUUACCUCCGAAGGUUUUACCCACUACUCUCCAGAAGAUUACAUGUAUUGGCAAGAAGAUGAAGUGAGCCGUGCGGUGCAGCCGAUGAAAGCAAUCAUUGAACUUCUUCAGAAGGAGCUCGGCGAAACUGUUCCACAGAUAUCAAGUCACUUCUUUAUUUGGUUUUGUUACUUUUUUCCAGACGAAUCUAACUUGGAUGAAGCACACCGGCUUAGUUUCAAAGAUGAUGGCAGAAACAUGAAACCUACUUAUGCAUCAGUACAACCUACAAUAGACCAGUUCCGUAAGGAUCAGCAAAUUGACGGCAAGCUGCAAAGGCUCAUGUCAGGAUGGAAGAGUGAUGACGACCAAAAGUUCGAGUAUUCCAGAAUGGCUGUAGAAACAGUAAUUAUAUUAGCUCAGAAGUCAAAAACAAAUGUUCUCAAACGUCUAAAAGAAGAUGCAAGUCGGUUUCAUGGAAUUGCCACUGACUACGACAUGAAGAAGUUACCAAAACAACUUCUGCUUGACCUGAUUCUUCGCCUGUCGUUAAAGGAAAGCGGCUAUGAUGCUGCCUCGAUUGCUGACAAGUGCAUUGAAUCCACAGUAUUUUUCAGAUGCCCUGGGAAUAAACCCAUGAAAGUGUGUGGCUCCAUGCGUGGGGAUGGGGCAGGACUCCCAUCUUGGGACGAAAUAGAGCUUGAGUUCACACUACCUGAUGGCAAAGUCUUAAUGCUAAGAGGACAAAAUGAGCCAUUAAAAAUUGAAGAUCUCAGCCCAGUUACAGAGCUUCUGCGGCAAGGUUUCAGUCAGCAAAGGCAGGGAGAAAAGCUUAUCUCUAAGAUCGGGAACUUGUUCACAGCUGCUUUCUUUUUGACCACUUUGGAGUUCAAUGUGGUUUCAGACACUUUCUUAGGAACAUACAAUAAGCUGAUUCAAUCAGAUUCAGAAGAAGAAUCAUCAGCUGCAGAAUCAUCUGAAGAAAGUGAGCCAUGACAUUGAAAACAGUCCAACUACCAGAUAGUUGAUAUUUAACCCUAAAGCUUUUCAGUAGAUGUUGAUAGUACUGACCAUGGGGUUCUGUGGAGCAUUGAAAAUGUGACUCCAGAGUGCCCAGAAAACGUUUUGGACAGCCUGGGACUAGGGAGUGACCCAUUGGGCUUGCGUGUUUUAGUAUGAGUUGUUUGCCAGUAGUAAAUGUUAGUGAAAAGGAAGGUUGUUAGGCCUGCAUGAAUUCCAGGGCUAGUGAAGGUCAGCAAUGGCUUGCCCAUAGAGCUAGUGAGUUUUUUUUAUGUUCAUCUCACCCAGUCUUCUAUGGCCUAAUCUUAUAAUCUGCUUUCACUUUUGCUUAAUUUCUAUUCUCUUGAUUAUAAAUUAUUGGAUUCACCUAAAUCUGUAAACUGUCUGGAAAUGUGUUUCAUUGACUGCAGGACCGCCAUUUAGUACUCUGUAAAUUUAUUGAUAAUCUGAAUCUUCAAGUACAUAUCAUGGCUCUUGUCUUGUUUUCUUGACUGCAACAAAACCUGUAUGACCGAUAAGAAUCAAUUUUCAUGUUAGUCAUGAUCUUUAUUGUAGAGGUGAUGGUUACAGACUGACAUGUCACAACUUGUUAUGUUGCUGCUAUAUUAUUAUUAUAACAUAAUUAUUAUGUUCCAAAGAAUUCAGGUGAAUAUCAAGCCCAUUGUUUUAACAUUGUAAUCAUUACUGUUUUUUGUGGAAGCAAAAGAAAUGACAGGGAAAUAAAUCACUGCAGUACUAGUUCCUAAAAUAUUGACAAUUUGUCACUGCAUAUUUUGUAGCAGUUAAAAGAUAACCAUUAAUUCUGAAUAAAGACCGAGGCUCUUUAUAGAGGAACAAAGUUAUUUUACUUCCUCAUGCAAACUAAUAACAAAAAUACUGUUUAUACAUUAUUACUGAUCACAACGGACUUUCACUUCCAAUGCAUUAAAGUAUAUACAUACCACUCAAGUUACCAUGACCAUGACAGAGAGUCUCUAUGACUCAUGCAAAACAGGACUUCAGUCUGGUUCUUCCCCUUUCUUUAUGACAAGUACUGCAUUCAAACCAUGUGAACUUAGCUGAUGAAACUAAAUUUUUGUGUCUCUAUAUUUUUAGCUUUAGUUAUCACUGAGUUGCCUUUGAUUCCCAAUUACUUUAACAUUUUUUCCCUUCGUUUUACUGUUCUUUACCCGCUUGUAUUUAGAUAUUUCUUCUCUGUUUCGAUUACACUUUCUUAUUGUUUUUAUUUCAUUUUUCCAUCCUUUUUUUCAUUUUUUUCUCUUCCACACCCCCUCAAUUCUUUUCUUCAACCAUCCGCAUUUUUCAUCCGUCAUCCGUCAUCCGUCAUCCGUAGAUAUCCGGUUCCCGAUUUACUGACACCCCUGAAUGUUUACGGUUGUCAUGGUUGUCUGAACAUGCAAAUUUCUAAAUCACUUGUUCAUUAUAUGUUUGCGUGACCCGACAAUCUAAUAUGGCUCUCGUAUCAGUUGUCGCUAACAGACGAUUGUCUGCUCAGAAUUGUUUCAUGUAUUGAUGACCCAAGUUCUUUUUACAACAUCGCAUUAACCAACAGAAGACCUCUGCAAGUGACCAAGAGCGCGAGAAGCGCCCAUCAUAAGAACCUUUCACUGUUGAAGGCCGGGUACUUUAUUAAAUGUUUCGUGGUCGAGAGCGGCGAUGAUUUCAAGUUAAGGUGGCUUACUACAGUUUGUUUUGUUUUGUUUUGUUUUUUUUUUUUUCAAUUUAAAGUAGACAGACUGCAAAUUAUAGUAGUUGCUAAAAAAUGAAUCUACGUGUCCCAACUGUUCAUCAGUAGGAUGCCUAAAAUGCGUGCAAUUCCACAAUUGGUUUUGGCUCCAUUCAAUAACAGCGUUCGCGACGCGCGCUCAGCAAGCCACGCAAGAUCUCUUACGCAUACAAAACUCUCGCUAGCGAGACAAAGAAAACCCUGAGAUCAAACGAUAUGAAAACCUUCCAAAUAAAAAACCCUGUUAUCUCAAGGUUUCUCAAGAAGUAUUUCUGUAGCAAACUUAGAUAUUUAGGUUCAGAAAGUGUGAGUAAAACUUAUUUUUAUUAUUGCUAGGUUUUAGCAGGUUUUCGGCUCAAGAAUGUGGCAAAGAGUAAAUUUUCGCACUAGCGUGUCACCUAUGUUAUUCUCGACUACUGAGAAACGCCUUUUGAACAAGUGGAUUAUAAUCCGUUUUGUACCUGCACUGUCUGUUGUAGUUUAUGAUUUGUGAAAUACAACAGUCGCUUUUGCAAUGAAAAUACUAACUUAAAAUAUGCGCUUGAAAGAGACAAGAAAAAAAUGUAAGCUUACAUAAAAUAUGAUUCGGCUUCGAGCCGAAGAAACAAAGGAACACAACCAGAUUAGAUUGGGUUCGGUUUUUCAAUCCGUUUUGCAAGUUGUUAUCAGUAAAUCCUAAAGGUGUGAAGUCUAAAAAAUUCUAUGAAUGUGAAAAAACUGGUUUCUUUAAUGCCAUGGUUCUAAGAAUAAAGCUAAGUGAUUUUACUUUGGUCAACACUACCACUUAAAGAGUACGAGAUGCCGGAUGCUCGCGACUUACGGAGAAGUUAUGAGAAGGUGAUGGAUGUAUGGCAAAAGAACGGAGCUGUGGUCGCUAAACUCUUCUUCGUGGCUGAGAAAUAAAGAGUCCAGCGUGCAAGAGGGUGAACCGAGAGCGACCUGUUUGGCAGGAUAUCGAAGAGUAACUUUUUGUUUACCUAGCUGUGGAGAAACAGGAGAAAGCCUAACGAUAAAGACCUCCUACUUCAGGGAUUAUGGUCAUCAUUAGGAUCCAGAACUAAGCAUCCACGUCACCUGUGGAGACAUCGACGUCAAAUCCGAAGGUUUUACCCGCUGCUCUCCAAAAGAUUACUUGGAUUGGGAAGAAGAUUAAAAAAAAAGAAGAAAAUGAAGUGAGCCGUGCAGUGCAGCCGAUGAAAGCAAUCAUUGAACUUCUUCAGAAAGAGCUCGGCGAAACUGUUCCACCGGUAACGAGUAAUUUCUUUAUAUGGCUGUGCUACUUCUUCCCAGAUGAGUCAAACUUGAAUGAAGCGCACAGGCUAAAUUUCAAAAUACCAUCAAGAACGUCAACCCUCUUUGACCUCCACACAGGCUGCUAUAAGUGAGUUCCACAAUUAUUAGCAAACUGCAACCAAAGUUCAGAAGCUAAUGUCCAAGUGGGAGGGUGAUAAGCACCUUCAGUCCAAGUAUUCCUGAGUUAAAAUGGAAACUCUCAGUAUAUUGACUCAGAGAUCAGAAACAAGAAUUCUAAAAUGUCUGAAAGAAGGUGCAGAGAGGUUUCAAGGAAUUACUUCCUAGUAUGAUUUGAAGAAAGUGCCAAAAUAACUUCUGCUUGAUUUGAUUCUUCGAAUGUCUGUAAAGGAAAGUGACUAUGGGCCUGGAUCAAUUGCUGACAAGUGUGUUAAAGGCCAAGUAAUUUUUAGGUGUCAUGGAUGCGAAAUCAUUACAGUCCGUGGUGUCAUGCAUGGUGAAUGGCGCAGGGUACCCAGCUUAGCACAUAUUAGUACUUGACUUCACCCUACCACAUGGAAAACCUCUAAGGUUAUAUGCACGGCACACGCCAUUGCAAUCUGAAAAUCUUAACCCUGUUACAGAGCUUCUACAACAAGGUAUUAGUCAGCGAAUGAAAGGAGAAAAGCGCAUCCCUAAGAUUGAUAAGUUGUUGUAUGCUUUGAAGUUUGGUGAAGCGACAGAAAUUUUCGUAGGAGAAGAAGAUGAAAUGUUUCUAUCAGACUCACAAGAUGAAUCGUCAGCUGAGGAAUUACCUGAGGAAAGUGAAACAUAGUAAUUAAGUCAACCAACUACCAGACAUUUAGCUUUCGUUUCCACUUCUUCCAGCAGACGUUUGAGACAGCUGACACCUUCAAAUGCCAUUGACUAUUUUCGUUUAUAAAAUUUACCUGGCCCUGCAGCUCAAUUUCAUAUCCAUCAGUCGAUAACAUAAGCUGAUGUAAAGUAUAAAUUACGUUUUUAGAAGAAGUAGUCCGGAUUCGAAGUUAUGGUACAGUCGAGCCUCUGGAAUACGGACACCGAAGGGACAGAGCGAAGUGUCCGUAUUAGAGAGGUGUCAGUAUAAAAGAGGUCACUAUGAUGACGUCACUUUUAUGACUCCACUUACAGUUUGAAGUUUCAGUAGCUAAAACCAGGCUUUCACUCGUCUUUAAACUGCAUUUAUGUUUAUUAAUUCGCAGUACAAAGACACUGUCUUUCAAUAGCAUGCAAUACUGUACAUAUCAGCUACGUAUGACAGUCGUCAAAAGACAAAACGAGCUGUAACUUAAAGCACAAUUCUGAAAGCUUCUUUCGCUAUUUUGCAAGUGCAGUAAACAGUAACUAGAGUACAAAGUGUAAUAGAAAUAUCAAGUUAUCCUAUCGGUAGUUAUUCAAGCCUUAAAAAAGUCGGUUAUGUUCCAAUGUGCACCUUGUGCAAAUCGUUGUUUGAUAUACAGCGAUGGGCUUUUGAAUUCACCUUGCAUAGUUCAUCAGCCAGACAGGAUUCACCCUGUGCAAAUUCACCUGAUUGGGAUUCGGGAUACACCCGAUCACCGCAGUGUUCGUAAUAAAGAGGUUAAGCUUUUAUGAAUUUACUCUCUGGGGCCGAGAUUUAGUGUCCGUUGUCCGUAUUAAAGAGAGUCCGUAUUAUAGAGGUUUUUUAAAGAAAAUAUAUGAGAAUUUUGUCGGGACAUUGGAAACUGUCCGUAAUAUAGAGGUGUCCGUACCGCGAGGUUCAACAGUAAUAAAUUGAUAACGACACAAUUCAACGCCCAAAGAUCCCUGGGUAGAAUAGCAGGAUUAACAUAUUCACCACUCCUUCAUGGCUUGAUAGUGCCGGGCCAUUUGUCGAAGGUAUUGUGUGGGUGUAUAUAAUUCUGACAGUUCGAUCACAAUUAUGCCCCAGUCAAAAGGACGGUCACAACAUUGCUUCAACAAAUGUAAACAGACAAACUUGUAAAUAAUCACAAAGUUUAAACAAGCGCUUCGACACAGUGUCAAACCGGUUACAACAUCGGUUUUCAACAAAUGUUAGCAAGGGCGAAGUUUUAAAGAAACAUAUUGCAACUGUUUGACCGUAGCUUUACCGAUUAUGUGAAAACAAAUAAUUUUAGAACCGCAAUGAUUUGGUUUUCAGAGAGGAUUCCUUUUGAGAAUUGACUAAAUAUCAAAUAUAGCCCUUCUGAGCAAGCCAGUUGAUAAAACCAAAUUCUGUGAAGUUUUUUCGUAACUAACUAAUCGCUGCAAGGCCCUACAGAGCACUGCUUCUGAAAUUACAGCUUGUCUUAUUUUAGCCGCUCCAAUGGUUUUAAUUGUAUGCCUGAUAGCGUGUUAUGCAUCAAGCAACUUUAAAUUGCAAAUUACAGAAUGCGGUCUGUGCUUCUAGAAGCAUGGCGUCAAUUUUAUCUCUCACCGAUGACUGUCUCUUCAAAAUUGUUUCUUACAUAGACCAUCCAGGUUCCUUCCACAGUUUUAUUCUCACCUGCAGCAGAUUUUCUCAAGUCACUCGAAAAGCAAAUAGCAUUUUGCAUACAAACCUUCUGAGAGCGAAGGCCGAAUUUUUUAUCAAGAGCUACAUUGUCUACGACAUUGGCGAAACUGCUAAUGAAUGUGACAAGUUUGACAAAUUAGAAAACUUCCUGCAUGAAUCUGCACAGCUAGUAGCGGCAAAGGAAGUACUUACUUAUGACAGAGUGAUGGAUGUUUGGCAAAGAAACGGACCCGUAGCUGCCAAAGUCUUUACCUGGGUCAGAAAUCAAAUAUCAAGUGUUGAUUUUUUUUGUAAGCGUCAAAGUGUAUCGCUUUAUUUACCGAAGUGCGAGCUGAGUAUGGUAAUCAACUGCUCAUUUUACCGUGAAGAUCUAAACAUUUCGGUAACGUUUGGCGAUAUUUGCCUUAACUCCGAGGUGUGGAAUCGGUAUUCACCUCAGGAUUACUUGUCUUGGAAAAAAGAAGAAGUUACCCGUGCUGUGCAACCGAUGAAGGCAGUGAUAGAUAUUCUUCAGGGAGAACUUGGUGAGACCGUUCCCUCAAUAACGCAUCACUUCUUCCUUUGGCUCUGUUUCUAUUUUCCUGACAUGUCAAAUUUACCUGGAGCAAAUAGACUUAGUUUCAAAGACACUGCAAGGAACAUGAAACCAACUGUAGCAUCUGUCCAGUCAGCUAUAGAUCAGUGCCAGAUGGAUCAACAAUUUGAAGCUGGUCUUCAAAACCUGGUGUCUGGGUGGGAAAGUGAUGAAGAACACGAUUCAGUGAAUUCCAAGAUGAUCGCAGAAAUGGUCCGUUUACUGUCUCAGAGAUCGGAAGCAAAAAUCCUCGAAAAUUUACUGACAAAUGCUUCGAGGUUUUGGGUCAUGUACGACAGCGACAUCUCACACGUAUUUGGCAUGACGAAAUUGCCAAAGCGGCUUCAGCUUGACUUACUUCAACAAACAUCGGUAGCAGAAAGUACUUACCACCAUGUAAAUACCUCUGACAGAUAGAGUGGUUUUCGUUUGAGUGUCGUAAAACCAAAACCAAAGUAAUUACUCUGGCCAAUCACAUAGGACACAGACAAUACAUUGAACCAAUCAAAACUCGAAGUAAUUACAUGUGGCUGACGCAAAGUGCGCGUCACAAUUGGCUUUGGUUUUACUUCUGAUUGGAUGAAAAGGUGACGCGAAUCUUUUAAGCCAAUCGCAUCGUGUAGAAAGUGCAAAACCAAUUACUUUUCGACACUCAAAUGAAAACCGCUCUAUGUAGAGAGCAAAGUUUAUUUCGCCUGUCCAGGUGGCCAAGUAAUGAAUGUGUGUGGCUGGAUAAGAGGUUACAAUAAUCAAGACGGAAUGCUGUAAAUUCCAUACUCGGAUUUAAAAAUCGAGUUUACUCUACCAGAUGGUACAAUGUUAAAGUCAGAGUCGGAAAAUGAUUUUUUUUCAGAUGAUCCAUUAGAAACUGAAAACCUGAGCCCAGUUACAAAACUUCUUCUGGAGACGUUUAGUCAGAACAUUCAGGGACAAGAGCUCCCCCUGGAAGUUGAUAAUCGCUUCUCGGCUAUUUACUUUAUUACUGCCUUGGGUUUUCUUUUCUGUAUGGACACUGAGCAUAGACUUAUUCCGCCACUGUCCGAUGAAGAGUGGUUCUCAGAUUUUGAUGAAUCAUAAAAACUUAUAAGUAACCACUGAAUUAUGGUGUUAAAACUAGGGUAUCUACGUAAAAGAUAGUAAUGCUGCGGCAUGUUCUGUUGAUACUGGCAUUAGUUAGGCAGUGAGACAUAAAAGAAUCGAAAAUGACAUUGAAUGUCCUGUUUACAUGUUGGAAAGUAAUAAUUACUAUCAGUCUAAUAGAAAGAACUCGUGGGAACUUUGUUUAGAAAAUGAUCAAGUGGUUAUCAACUCUGGUUUCUCCACAGUAAAUUGUGGGAAAUGAUAGAAAUUCAGAUUGUUUAUCCAUAUAAUUAUUUUAGGCGUACUAUCUUUUCUCUGCAAACACGAUACGUUUCUUGCUGUUUAUUGCACUUUUAAAUAACAGUCAUUUAGGUAUAUAUUUAUAGAAAACAACAAAAAACGGAAAAAAAAAGAAAGAAGGAAAACAAGAGUUGAGUAGGACUAAACCCGGCACCUUCGCCUCGAUUAGGCUCUCUUAUACGCGGGUGGAAGCUAUCGUGUAAUUGUAAACUGAAAUUGAAUGAAUAAAGUUGAAGUUGAAGUUGAAGUUCGGCUCGACGCGAUUACACCUAACCAGUACACCACAGAAGUUGAUUACGCGACUUUAGGGAAAAGUCUCUAAUUUAAUGCCUUUUCCAUGAAACUUCCGCCAGCAAGAUGAUCGCCAGUCGCAUUAACCGAGCUAUUAACAGUUAAAAAACAAUGUAAACGCAUAAUCCAUGGCAAUGAAUGAAUGAAAGAACAUAAUCAGUGAUAAUUAUACUUUUCAAAACGCCGAUACACGUUCUCGUCUGCAAAGCAGGACGCAAAAUAUAUGUUUUGUUAUCGCGAUUUCCACUGUUAGUUUGAAGGUAAUGGUCAAAAUCAAAUCCAUUUUCGGCUCAUACAGGCUCUUAAGAAUAGCAUGGCAUGACAUUUUCUCACUUUCACAUCACCUUCUAGCAAGCUGUUAUUUGUAUAUCCCCCGUAGUGUUGCGGAGUCGAAGAGCAAAUGCUCAUCUUCUUGCCAAUCCCCAAGUUAACCAUCGUACUCGUCUGAAAGACUCCUGCGUGUCUUAAAUUUGGUAAGACCCUCUAACCGUGCUGUAGAAAAUUUGCCACAAAGGAAACUCAGAGUCUGGGCAGCGAACGAUGCACUCUCUAACCCACCGAACUUCCCCGUGUUUUUAUUUGAGUUGUUCGUGGCGCAAUGCAUCCUGGUAAAAAUGGUGGUUAAAUGCAAUGCAUUGUGGUAAAAAGUGAUGAAUUCGAGAAUUCGUCCCACCUUAUAUAUUUCCCUUAAAUCCUGAUUAUGUUGCUGCUUGCUCCCUAGGGUCGCUCCGCAGCAAUUACAAAGCAGUUUGACUGUGUUUGCUUAAAUGCUGCAAAUAGGGCUCGUGCUUACAGCGUUUGAGAAGGGCUCUUUACUGAGUAUGAAAGUUACCUCUGAAGGUUACGAAAUAUACGUUACUAGGAAAACUUUCACGAUUUUAACCAUCUGCUUUUAACUGUAAACUGAAAAUGAUAUUCACUCCAUUUUAUCUCCCGAAGCACUUGUCUAUUCAUCGGAAAGUAUAAUAAUAACGAUAAUGUCAAUGAUAAUGACGAUAACGGCGAGGAUGACGAUGACUACGACGACGACGAUGAUGAUGAUGAUGAUGAUGACAAUGAUGAUGAUGCGAUGACGAUGAUGGUGACAAUGAUGAUGAUGAUGAUGAUGAUGAUAGUGACAAUGAUGAUGAUGAUGAUGAUGAUGACGAUGAUUAUGAUGAUGAUGAUGAUAGUGACAAUGAUGAUGAUGAGCAGUAGCUGCAAAGUUUACUUUACUUAAAAACAGAGAGUUGAUGAUGUUCUACCGGGUCUCUGUGUCGAGAAACUGAUUUGAGUUGAAAUAAAAAAUCAUACAGAGACGGAACUUUUUAUGCCUGUGAUAUCCGUUGCACAAGGAAUUAGUUGUAACUAUUAUAUUGCACUGUAAAGUGACGUGAAAUUUGCCUGAAUUUGCUGGGGGGAAAAGUUAACCCAUUCGAUCUUGGAGAUUUUGCCGAAAAACGCGUUUUGAAGCUAGUCGAGCGGUUCUCUUGUCACCUUCGUGCUAUAAAGAGCUAAAACUUACCACAAAGCCGUUUACAGGUCGUAAACUUUCAGUCAUUUUAAGACCCUGAGUGUUGGUCCCGGUCCAAGGAAUCGUACCCGCGAUUUAUUUAAUAAAUAAACACAUAAUGAAACCGACUCAAUUUUGUAAAGAAAGUUUGCUCUCGUGUUUAUUUAUAAUUUUUGAGGACUCAAUCUCAGAGGGAAAAAAUCUACGUAGCAGGGUGUAUAACAAGCAGCAAACUAAACUCGCAGUCGGCAAAGAGAAUUGACUAUUUACGCCAUGUUCUUGUAGUAAAAAAAACCGCAAUAAAAUCCACUAAGAAUGACCGUCAUACCCCAUAUAAAUUCCUUGCUCUUUUCUUUAGCUGAAUUACCAGAGGAUUAAUUAACCAGCAGUCUACUCCGUCUCUUAUUCAGGCAACCGCUGUUAAAGCGGUCCUCCUUCCAGAUGUCAUGCCACGCAUUUUAUUUUAUUUUUCAGUUGCGUCUCUAUUCACGUAUUGCGUGCGUACUGUUCGGCUGAGAGAAACUUGGGGUCUGGCACGAGACGAGUUUACAACAUGGCGUCCAUUUUCUCUUUGCCAGAAGAGUGUCUCUGUAAAAUUGUUUCUUUCAUUGAUCACCCUCGUACUUUUUACAGCGUCGCUCUCACCUGCAAGAGACUUCUUCAAGUAACUAGAAACACAAGAUGCGUACUACAUGCACGCCUUUUAAAGUUUAAGGCCUUGUAUUUUAUCCGCCGUUACGAUGUUGAGAUUGACCUCGAUGAGGAAAAGCGUGAUAAAAUGAGGAAACUAGUUUGUGGUUGUGCACAGCUCACAAAAGCCAGAGAGUUCCUUACCUACGAUAAAGUAAUCGAUUUAUGGCAAAAAAACGGGCCUGUGGCUGCGAAACUCUUAACGUGGGUUAGAAAUCAACAAGAUGGCGAUGAAGUGUUUUUUCGUGAUGACUGGGAUGGCUUUAUAACCAUUAACAAGAAUCAAACUUUAACACUGCGGUUACCGGGUGGCGGACAAACUUUAGUGAUCGAGACUGACUACGUUGAAGAAUAUCCCAUUGAAGAAGACUCAAAGAUAACGAUGAUACACAUAACAAGUGAAGAUUUACAAUUGGAUGUUACGUUGAAGGAGUUUCACUGCUGUUCUUCAGUUUCAUUUCACGAGGAUGAUGGUCAGCCCAAAUACUUGGAUUGUGUUGAUUUAGAUGAUGAUGUGCGUUUAUCGAAAUACGAUGCUAAAUUUGCGCCAUUAAGACCAGUAAUUCAUAUUCUUCAAAAAGAACUUGGCGAGACUGUUCCUCCAAUAACAAACUAUUUCUUUAUUUGGCUUUGUUACUUUUUCCCUGACAAAUUAAACUUGCAUGAAGAACAUAAACUCAUCUUUAAAGAUGUUGCAAGGAACAGAAAGCCCACUUAUGCCUCUAUUCAGCCUUGCCUGGAUGAAUACCACAAGGUUCAACAGUUUGAAACCACCUUCAGGAAGCUGUUCUCUGAAUGGGAGGAUGACCAAUCAAAGGAAUCAUACAAUGCCAGGAUGAUUGCAGAAACAAUCCAUUUGUUAGCUCAGAGAUCACAAGUAGACACACUUAAAAGUUUGGGAGAAUAUUUCCUUCAGGCUGAUUGA